AUGUCAGUAGUAUACAAUAAGACUCCUUUAUUAAGGAAAGUAUUUCAAGGUUCUCAAAAUUUACCUCAAUUCUUCUUAAAAUAUGAAUGUUUACAACCAAGUGGAAGUUUUAAAAGUAGAGGUAUUGGUAAUUUAAUUUUAAAGAGUGCUACACAAAUUAAUAAAUUAGGUAAUAAGAAACCUCAUGUCUUUGCUAGUUCUGGUGGAAACGCAGGUUUUGCUGCAGCUACAGCUUGUAAAACUUUAAAUUUACCUUGUACCGUUGUGGUUCCAAAUGCGACAAAACAAAGAAUGGUUGAAAAGAUUAAAGAUACUGGUGCUAAAGUAAUUAUUAAUGGUGCUCAUUGGAAAGAAGCUGAUACUUUUUUAAAAAGCUCAGUAAUGAAUCAAAUUGAUAAUAAUUCAAUUGAACCAAUAUAUGUUCACCCCUUUGAUAAUCCACAGAUUUGGGAAGGUCAUUCCACAUUAGUCGAUGAAAUGAUCGAAUCUUUACAAUCUCAAAAUGUUCCUUUACAAAAAGUUAAAGGGAUAGUAUGUAGUGUUGGUGGUGGUGGUCUUUAUAAUGGUAUCAUUCAAGGUCUAGAAAGAUAUAACCUAGCUAAUAAGAUUCCAAUUGUAGGUGUCGAGACUAGAGGUUGUCAUGUAUUCAAUACCUCCUUAAGGAUGAAUAAACCUGUUCAAUUCAAAAAAAUUACUAGUAUUGCCACUUCAUUAGGAACAGCUAAUAUCUCAGAUAAAACAUUUGAAUAUGCUAAAAGAUAUAAUACGAAGUCAGUUGUGGUAGAUGAUAUCGAUGUGAUUGAAACUUGUUUGAAAUAUACUCUAAGCUCAAAUAUGGUCACUGAACCUGCAUGUGGUGCUGCAAUCCACUUAGCUUAUCAUACAGAUAUCCUAGAAAACGCAUUAGGAAAGAAAUUGGCAGCAGAUGAUGUUAUCCUAAUUAUUGCAUGUGGUGGUUCUUCUAAUACUAUUAGUGAUCUAGAAUCUACCCUAAUUAAAUUGAAAGACGAAAAGAAGACCCAAAAUAUGCCUCUUGAAACUACACUCUCCGAAGGUGAAAAACAUACUUUAAGAUUAAAAUCUAUAUAG